UUGGCUAUGGUGCAUAUAUAUAUGCUAUGGUGGCGUCUUCCCCAUAAAAAAUAUUUGCAUGUUUUGUUAUUGUAAACUUAAUUUUUCCAUCUUCGACGAACACAGCCUUUAUAUAGUUCGUACAUCACAAUUUACAAUAUAAAAGAAUGAUGGAUACAGACUCGGACGCCUUAUUAUUGGAUAAAAUCGGUGGCAAAUACGGUGAGGAGGGUAGUGAAUAUGGGGAUCUUGCUAAUGCAGAUGAAGAUGCGCUUUUAGCGGACGAUGAGUUGUUAUUAGAUCAGGAUUCGGACACUCUUGUCCUUGAAGCUUCAGAGGAUGUUGAAUUGGAAGAUCUAGAAGACAAAAAUAGCUCAGCACAACCAGUGACUUCUACAACAAAACCUGAAGCUGAUCUAUCAAUUUUAAAUUCAAGUGAACAGGAAGAUCGAGAACGAGAGGAUAGGUUUAAAUCUGAACGACAAAUACCAUCUUCCAGAUCAAGCAAUAUUCCUGAUUCUCUUGAUAAGGUGCAAGUUGUUUCAUCCCUGCCAACUGCACGCAAUGGCAAACGAGGUAUGGGCACAUUCAGACAGAGAGGAAGAGGUGGCAGUUAUUCAAAUCGUAAUGCACAAAAUCAGACUGUAUUAAUUAAUCCCCAUUUCAAGGGCCACGUGAAAAUUAAUAACAAUACACGUUUGGCAUGGGAUGCACGCCACAAGACUAAUAAUAACCAUCAAGUGGGACGGAUAAUGCCAUUUUCGCAGAACCGAAAACAGAAUCAGAAUGUGAACAAUAUUCAACCGUGGAUUCAGACCUAUCAACCCAUGACUGUGCCGCAGAAUGUACCCCAAUUUCAACAACCUCCACCCCAAGUUCCGGUAUUUCAGCAGAACAUUCAUCCACCACAGGUCAAUGCUUGGAAUCAGUAUCAACCAAACUCAUUUAAUGAGGUUCCACAACAGAUGAUGAUGCAACAACCUCCCCAAAACAUGUUUACCAACCAACAGAUGCCACCGCAAUUCAAUCAGCCUCCUCCACAAUUCGGAGGACCUCAAUAUCCUCCACCCAUUUAUUCAGGCCCCGUUCAAAAUACAUCUUUUUGCAACAAUCAAUUUUUAACACCUCCCAACCAAUUUCGUCCGAGCGAUCAAGUGUACCCCACAUUCCCGCAAGUGCAGCAAAAUCAGUACAUGCAAAACGCUCGCGGUCCUCCGCAAUAUAACCCUCCGGCUAACGAAUUUAAUAAUAAUCGUAUCAUUAGACCGAAGCAGUCGUUUACGCAUGCGGCCAAGAACUACAAACGAAAAAUCGAGAACGCGGAGACGCGGAAGAAGAAGCGAAAUUUGGCAUCUACAAAUUUGCACGAAGUUCGCACUAUUGAAACGCCCGACACUACCGUGAAAGAGGAGAAAGUUGAAGAGGAAGAAGACGAAUACACGCGCGAGUACAAAUUGCAUAUAGAAGAACAGAAACGGAAACGUGAACAAAUACUCAAGUUAAAAGAAGAGCGGAGAUUGAAGUCCAUUCAAGAAGGCAAAAGUGGUAAUCUCAAAGAUGACGUAGAAAAAAUGGUUACUGAGCAACAAAACCCACCAAUCCUGAAACAACAGUAUAGUAAUCUGAAAGAAGUACGGCUGGGCCCAAAGGUUACAAAUUCACCCAAAAUCCAACAAACCGUCAUUCGUCCGCAAACUUUUAAUAAUAAUAUAAAUACUGAUUCAAAUUAUGAUAAACAGCAUUUAGCAUCAUUUUUGAGUAAUCGUAGGAUACUUACUAAGGACCAGUCAUUAAUUGAUACGUCAAUAGUUGUUAUAAGUAAUUUAGCAGCUGGUACCACCGACGUUAGGUUGCGAAAAAUGUGUCAGGGGAUCGGUGACAUAAAGUUUAAUUUAACUUGCUAGACUAGAAAACACAUUCAAUCGUUAUUUUUUGUGAUUCAACACAUACCCAUAUUCUGAAGUAGAUGAUUCACCACCGCAGACUUUUUAAGCAAAUUAUAGGUGUCUUGGCUUAAACUAGUUUAUAUUGUAACAUGGUUACCAAAUUUGAGAUGUAAUUAUUUGAUUAUUUUGCACAUUGUUAUAGAACCAAAAGUUACACAGGGCGGAGCCAGAAUUUUACUUGCAAAUUUUUAUAACCAUGCUCUUUGGAAAUCAACAUACAUUGGGGUCCUAUUAAAACGUCAUAGUAGGUGAUCGCAGUUCAAGCUUCACAUCAAUGGAACAAUUUUUCUUCUAAAUAGUCGAUAAUUUACCAGAAUAUGCUAGUAAGCGAACUUUUUGGAUCACUACUAGCCCUGAACAACAAAAAUUCAAUGAAAAAUCCUGUCAAUUUUCAUCAGUCUGCUGUUUCACUUCAUUGAUAAACUCACUCUUUCAAAACAAUUACUGGUUAAAAGUACACAUGUGCAAUGUAUAUCAGUUAAGUACAUUCAUUUUUUUUGUUAAAUAUCAUUAACAUUAUAUAGGUACACUAGAUAAUUAAAAACUGUUUCUUAGUUUCGCAGCGACAUUUGUUGUGUGUUCACACUUUUAUGUUUUCAGAAGCUUCAAAUGUCUCCUAUGGAGCGACAGGCAACAAUUCAAUUCAAUAGUGUUGCUUCCGCUCAUGCAUUUUUUAAGAAAUACCAACGCACAAUGCUCGACUUGUCCAUGAUCCAAGUUACACUAAAACCAGUAUCCUAAUU